AUGGCUAAACUUGAUUUAGAUUAUGAUGAUAUCAUAAAUAUCAAUGUUGGAGGAAAAAUAUACACUACAAAAAGAAGCCUUCUAUGUAUUGAUACAGAAUCAGUACUUUAUGAAUGGUUUAAAAUUGAAUCGAAUGUAAUGUUGGAUGUUGACAAAGAUGGUAACUUUUUUUUGAAUAGAGACUCUGAAUCAUUUCGUCAUAUAUUAGCUUAUCUUCGUUUCAAGAAUGAAGGUAUUAAAGUUGCACUUGCUUUACCUUCACAGCCAGAUGAAUUAGCAAAAUUGGCUGCAGAGUGUGGAGCGUUGAGAAUAAAUGAAUUUGAAAGAUUGGCUUUAAGAAUGUUGUCUAAUUACAAGCAUUUAGAAGCUUCUCAUGUUGUUAAAACCUAUACAAAUUAUGUAUUUAAUGAAUUUACGAACAGGUAA